GUGGGAGGGACCGUAUAACCUUCAGUAAUAUAAGCAGUCAGCCCGUCUGUUCGUCUGUGAGUUCAGCGAAACAUUCAGAAAGGCAACACCCUUCACUGAAAAGACAACUCCUUUAACAAGGUAGGCAAGAUGGCAAAGCGUGUGGCGGUGAUUUUGUCAGGAUGUGGUGUGUAUGAUGGCACAGAGGUUCAUGAGGCGUCUGCUGUAAUGGUACACCUCAGUCGAGCAGGUGCCAAGGUUCAGAUGUUUGCCCCUGAUAUUGAGAUGAUGCAUGUGGUGAAUCACUGUGAAGGACAGCCUGGGACAGACACGAGGAACGUGCUUCAGGAGAGUGCCCGCAUCGCCCGGGGGGACAUCACUGACCUGGCCAAGCUCGAGGUCAGCGCCUUUGAGGCUCUCGUCAUCCCAGGUGGUUUUGGAGUGGCUAAAAACCUGAGCAACUGGGCCACCAAAGGCAAGGACUACUCAAUCACUCCUGAGAUUGAGAGGGUCAUUAAAGCUUUCCAUCAGGCGAAGAAACCCAUGGGCAUGUGCUGCAUCUCCCCUGUGCUGGCAGCCAAAGCUAUCCCAGGAUGUGAGAUCACCGUCGGACACGACUGCGAGUGUGAGAAGUGGCCGUACGCUCAGGUGGCCAAAACCAUGGCAGAACUGGGAAGCAAACACUUGAAUAAAAAUGUUGGUGAGGUGCAUGUGGAUUCCAAGAACAAACUGGUGACUACGAGUGCGUUCAUGUGCAACGCUCCCAUCCAUGAGAUCUUUGAUGGUCUGGGUGUGAUGAUUAAAGAAGUUCUCAAACUAGCCUAACUUUUAACAGAA